AUGCCCAGUAUGACUGCCUGGAGCUCGCUCGGGCUUGUUUCGAGGCGCCCGCCUGUAGCUGCACUUGCCGCGGCUGCUUCUGCAGCAGCCCAGUGUGGGGGGAACGAGCUGAGCCACGGCCGAAAAACCCAGCCACAGGCAGAGUGGAAAAGACCAGGUGACUGCUAUGGUCAGGGUACAGGAAAACGCAGGGACGAUCCCUGCAGCGAGGACACCCCUCCCCCUGCCUCCACCUCCAGAUUUCCCCGGCACGGCCUGCAGCCUCCUUCUCCUUUUGCACGGAUGUCGGAGCACAAUCGUUCGCAGGGACGUGACUGCAGCAACCCUUGCCGAGAAAUCCCACCUCUUCCCCCAUCCCCACCCGACUCUGCAGCCCCAGCGAGUGGGCGGAGCCGAGGAGACCUAGGAGGGUUCAAAAGGAGGUGGAGGGAUACACGGGCCACAGUCGGAACUACUUUCAGGAGGAGGUCACGUGUGUUCCUAGUUGGGGAACUUUCCAAAUUCCCACUCCCGUUUGAUAGCUCUAGAAGCAAGUGCUUCGCUUCCUUUGCCCAGGGUGCUCCCGCCAUGUACGUGUAGCUGGACCUCAGAGCCUCCCUAGUUUCGGCGGUAGAAUAGGCUCAGACGAUCCUCCCCGAGCGCUGUCGGUGCUGGCGCCUGAGGAGCUGGUUACACAAGCACCCACAUCCAAGCACGUGCCCCCUCCUCCCCUCACCUUGGCUGCCGCCGCUGAUUCUUGCAGAUCUCGGAGCAAGAGUUCCCAAGCUGGGCACCCUUUCCUGCUACCCACAGAGCAAGAUAGAGGAAGGAGACCUGAAAUUCCGAGCUCUGGAUCCGCUACCACUGCGCUUUCCAAACCGUGGGAGAAGGGGCUGGGCCCCGGGGGACUGGCGCAUCUUCCUUGCUAGUGCCCUGCCCCCUAGGGCGAACCUUUCUGGUGCUGUACUCGCGGGGCAAAGGGUAUCUCCUGCAGCAGCCCGGUGAUUGAAUUGAACGAUGUUGCGACAAACUUUCACUCACUACUUCUGAGCUGGUGAGCGCGCCCCACCUA